AUGGAUCAACACGUGAACCCAUUUUCAGGAUUUAACCCAAUUUCAUUAUCAUUUAGAGAUGAUGAUAAUUUAUUAAAUAAUUUCAAUCAUCAUCUUAGUACAGAAUUUGGUAAUUUGGAUGAAUUUGGAUUAGGAUCCAAUAGAAGUAAUAAUGACCAAUUCCUAAGUAGAUUUUCAAAUGUUAGUGAUAAAGUCAAUUUAAAUAAUGUUGGUAAUGGAUUUUUAGAUGAUACAAGAGUUGGUAGUAGUAGUGGUGGUGGUGGUGGUGGUAGUAGUGGUGGUAAUAGAGUAGAGAAUUAUAGUUAUGUUGGUAAUAUCACUGAUAAUGAUUCAAGAAAUCAUAGAAAUCAAUCUGUAUUAUUUGAUUCAAGAGUACCUGAUAACAAUGGUAUCAACAACAACCACCACAACAAUAAUAAUGGUAAUAAUGGUAAUAAUAAUUUUGGUGAUUCAUUUCGUAAUUCAGCAUUACAUAAACAAAAUUCUUUCAUCAGUAGUAUAAAGAAUCUACAUAAUCAAAGAUUAUCACAAGAUAGUUUCAUUAAUAAACAUUUAUCAAGAUAUCAACAAUCACCAUCACAUCAAAAUUCACAACAACCACAAUUACAACAACAAACACAAAACCAACCAAAUCAAAAUUUUCAAAAUAGUUUACCAUUCGAUAAUUUUAAUGGUGACGAUAAUAUUUUACGUGAUACAACAUUCUCAUUUAAUGUUUCAAAUCCAAACAUAGAUAUUAAUGAUGUUGAUUUCUAUGGUUCACAAAAUAAUAGAUUUAAUAAAGAUUUUAUAAAUAAUCAUAAUAAUAAUCCAAAUAUUGAUAAUAUUGGAAAUACUAGACAAAAUGGUAGUAAUCAAUUCACUGACAUUAAUGGACAAAGUGUCAUUGAUACAUCUUUAAUGUAUUCACCAGCAACAAAUUACCAAGGUGACGAUGAUGAUGAUGAUGAUGACCAUAAUAAUAAUAAUAAUAAUAUUAAUAAUGAUGGUUAUCAAAAUAGUAUUAAUAAUAAAAGUCAAAAUUAUAAUAAUAGUUAUAAUAAUUAUAGUUAUCAACAUCAAUACCAAGAACCACAUGUCGAAGUUUAUGAAGAUGACCAAUAUCUGGAUAAUAAUGAUAACGACAAUAAUCAUAAUGAUAAUAAUAAUAAUAAUAAUGGUAAUGAUAAUUAUAAAGAUGAUCAAAUGAAUCAUCAAUCUUUAAAUAAUAGUAAUCAAGCUUUCAUUCAAGAUAAUGGUGAAGCUAAAACACCUGGUACCUAUUUUCAAUAUAAAUCACCACAUAUGGGUAGAUUAUCAGGUACUGGGUCUGGUAUUGAGUUUGGCGAAACUAUAAAUGAUGAUGAUCAUUAUGAAAGAAAUAAAAAUGAAAACAAUAAUGAUAAUAAUGAAUUAAAUUUUAGUAGAAAUCAAAGUAUGAAUGACCCUACUGCUGAUAAUAAUAAUAAUAUUAUUAAUAAUAACAAUAGCAUAAAUCAAACAUUUGGAAAUAGUGGAAAUCAAAGUAUGAAUGGUGGUGGUGGUGGUGGUGGUUAUCAAAAUACUCCAAAUGGUACAACACCAAAUCACAAUAGUGGCCAUAAUCAAAGUAUGAAUGGUGGUGUUAGUGGUAGAAUGAAUAAUUAUGUAUCACCAAUUCUAACAAAUAUUAGUGGUGAUGUUAGUAAUAGAACUGGUCAAAAUGAUACAACAUUUGCUUCAAUUGGUGUUCCAAAUGAUCCUUCUCAUGUUGGUUAUACACCUACAAGAGGUAAUUUAGAUUAUGAUACUUAUCAAAGAUUAAAAGAAAGAUAUUUAAAUCCAAAACAACAACAACAACAACCAUCACAACCACAACUACAACCACAACUACAACACCAACAUCAACAACCUCAACAAUCAAAACAACAACCUCAACCAUCACAAAUUCAACCUAAAUCACCAAAAAUUAAAAAUAAUUCAUUCUUAAUAUCUUCAUUAAUAAAUAAUUCUCAAUAUCAACAAAAAAUGCAACAACAAGAACAAGAACAAGAACAACCAAAUAGACCAAAAACACCACAACACCAACAACAACAACGUCCAAGAACACCCCAACAACAGCAACAACAACAACAACACAUUGAAGACAUUAAUGAAGAAAAUUAUGACGAUGGCAUAAUUAAAUAUCCAAUGGUAGUAAUUGAAAAGAGAAUAGAUUUAGGAAAAUGUGAAUUAGAGUGGAUUUUAAGUAGAGAUAUAAUUGUAACAAAUCCACAUUCAAAACCUGUAACAUUAUCAAAUAUUAAUAUUUUUGGAUUAGAUAAAGAUGCUUUUAGAAUAAUAGUUUCUGAUAAAACCAAUAAUAACAAUAAUACACCAUCGAAUAAUGGUCUCAAACAAGGUGAAUUGGCACCAUUUCCACCAAUAAUUAUAAUUCAACCAUUAUCACAUAUAUUCUUAAAGGUUGAAUAUAUACCAAAUGUUGAUAAUUUACCAAAACCAGAAUCAAAUGGUAUACAUUAUGCAAAUUUAGUAUUGACCUGUAGUGGAACAGUUCCAUUGAAUUUAAAUGAUAGUGAGACUGAAGAUGAAUUUAGAAUUCAAUAUAUACCACAAAGUGGUGUUUACAAUCUAUCCAUCCCAAUCAAUGCAACACCAACUGCUGAUAUUUUAAAUCAUGAAGAUUUAUUUUAUAGUUAUAAUAAUUGGGAUAUGGGUGAAUGUAAUUCUAAUGAUACUUUAACUUCAAAUCUUUCUUUAAAAUCUCAAAAUGGUCAAAAAUUAACAUAUGAAAUAAAUGGUGAAGGAUUUUCAUUUGAAAAAUUAUCAAAUGAUCAAAUCUCUCUUAAAUUCAAUUUACCAGAAAAACAAAUUUAUAAUGCGAAUGCAACCAUUAUUGAUCAAUUAACUGGUCAAAAGAAAUUAAUUAAAUUAUCGGCAACUAUUACUAAUAAUCAUCAUAAUAAUAAUAAUAUUGAUAAUAACAAUAAUAAUUCUAAAACACCAACCUCACAAAAACCAUUAAUAAUUGAUCCAUCACCAACACAAUCACCAUCAACAUUAUUAUCACAACAACAAAAACUUGAAAAAAUUGAAAAAUCAAAAUCAUUUACACCAAAAUUCAUAUUGAAAAAGGAAAAACUAAAUGAUGAUAGUAGUAGUAUUGGUAGUAGUAGUGAUGAUAAUGAUAAUGAAGAUUAUGAAAAUAUUGAUAAUAAUAGUAGAGUACCAUUAAGUAUUUCAAAUUAUGUUUUAGAGAAUGGUAUUAAAUUAGUAUAUGAAGAAAGAAAGAAAAUCUAUCCAAUUGAAACUUUAUCAAUGUAUUGUAAUUUUAAUAGUUAUAAUAAAAUUAAUAAUAAUAAUAAUGAAUUAAUUGAUAUUGAAUGCAUUUCAACACAACCAGAUGUAUUUUCAAUUAGUCCAUCAAUAUUUUCAGUUGAACCAAAUUCAAUGAUACCAUUACAAAUUAAGUAUCAACCAAAUAAUAAUAUUCAAUUACAACGUGCAGCAAUUAUAAUUUCAACACCAUCAAUAACAAAGGAAAAGAUUAAAAUCGAUGUUAUUGGUAUAACCGUACCAUUAGAUUCAACUUUAUAUAUGCCAUCAUCACCACCUUCUCCAACUUAUCAGUCAAAGAGAUUUAAUAAUAUACGUAAAGAUAAUUACUAUCAGGAUAGUAAUAAACUUUUACCAUCAACUAAAAUCAUCUCUGACGAUCAAGAUAAUUUAAAUAAUAUCAAUAAUUCAAGUGUUAUUUUUCAUAACGAUGACGAUGAUGAUGAUAAUAAUAAUAAUUUACCACCAUCACUUUAUUGUAAUAGAAAAGUGGUUAAUUUUGGUGGUGUUAAAUUAGGUGAUACAAAGAGUGUACUUAUAACAUUAACUAGUACAUUACCACAUGCAUUACAUUUGAAUGCAACAUUUAAACAAAAUGAUCAUAGUGGUAGUAGUAGUAGUAAUAAUAGUCAUUCAUUCUUUAGUAUUGGUAAUGGUGAACAAUUAUUAAUUAGUCCACAUUCAAAGACUGAAGUAGAGAUAAUUUAUACACCACUUUCAAUAUCACCACAUGGUAGUGUAGUUGUUUUCUCAUCAUUGAAUAAACAACUAUCAUUCUCAAUACCGGUUCUUGGUUAUGGUGGUUCCGCUAAAAUGGAAGUUGCUUCUUCUGCUCGUAAUUUAGAUUCAAUUGAUAAUACAAGUGGUUCAAACAACAAUAAUAAUAAUAAUAUUGUAUUAUAUGUUAAUAAGCAAAGUACUGAUGGUAAAUCUGUUUAUUGUAAAUUUACAGUUAAAAAUACAGGUCAACGUUCAGGUUUUGUUAGAGCUAUUUCAUUUUAUCCAAAUUCAAAAUCAACUAUUAAACCAGAUCGUGUUUCAAUUGGUGUUGGUGAACAAGUUGAUUUCCGUUUAGAAAUUCAUCCAAAUAGCAGCAGUGGUGGCGGUAGUAUCAAUAAUUUAUUAUCACAAUUAAAUGGAUCAUUAAUGAAUUCAACAAUAUCACCAGGUAAAGUUAAAUUAUAUUUUGGUGAUGAAAUUUCACGUCAAAGAAAGAUUAGAUCAGUUCAUAAUAGAUUGGAAAAUCUUAAAACUGAUUCAAUGGAUUCAACAAGUAAAGAGGUUUCAUUUGAUGAUGAAUUCUUAUUUGAUUUCAAAUUUAAAGAAGAAGAAAUUCAAGAUAUUCAAUUUAAAGAAACUUUUAUCAAUGAAAAUUCUCAACAAAUUAAUGAUUCAAAUAGUCAAAAUCAUAAUUUCGAUUUAGAUGAUUAUGAUGAUGUUGAAUUAUUCUUUAAUAAUUUAUCAAGUAUUAAAAUAACUCCAAUAAUUGGUAAUCCACCAACAAAACAAAAUAAUAAUAUUAAUAAUAAUAAUAAUAAUAAUAAUAAUAAAAUGAAUAAUAAUAAUAAUAAUAAUAAUAAUAAUAAUAAUAAUAAUAAUAAUGAUAUUUUUAGUAAUUUACCACCAUCUACUAAAAAAACAACUACAUCAACAACAACAACAACAACAACAGCAACACCAAUUAAUGGAAGAGAAUUUGAACUUUCAGAAAUGGAUUUAAACAAUACACCAUUUAAAGCGACAAUCAAUUUACCAUUUCCAACAAAUUCGGUUUUAAAUGCAAACACCACUUCAUUUAAUGCAGCAACCACCAACAUUCCUCCUACAACAUCAGCUUCGAAUAAUACAAACUUAAAAUCAAUUUUAAAAAAACCUCAACCUUCAGUUUAUAACAAUACAAAUAAUAAUAAUAAUAAUAAUGAAAAUAAUUUAUUCAAUACAUUUGAAAAUACAUUAAGAUUUAACCCAACUGUUACUACAACUACAGAUGGUAUAAAAAAGAGUGAAGAAGUUAGACAUUACCAUAUUCAUCAAUUUGAACCUGACCAACAACCACCACCACAACAACAAAGAAAGCAACAACAACAACAACAACAACCACCACAACAACAACAACCCAAACAACAUACAAAUGGAAUUUUAUUCUUUUAUGAUAAUAAAAUAACAUUUGGUAUUGUUCAAAUUGGACAAUCUUCAACAAACAAAGUAUCAAUAUCAAAUGCCUCAAAUGCAACUUUAAAUGUUAGAUUAAGUUUACCAUCACCAUCACCAUUCAUAUUGAAUCAUCAUACCAUAACAUUAAAUCCAAAGACUACAACCAAAGUCCCAAUCAUUUUCAAACCAAAAGAAAUUGGAACUUUCUCUCAAUCACUUAAAGUGGAAUCAAUUCCAAAAACUUUAAAUGAUCCAAUAUUAUCUGAUACUUGUGAAUUAAUUAGUGAAAGUAAAUCAAUUCCUUUUUAA